AUGAGCAAAGCGUUAAGCAGAGCUCAGUUGGACGAGUUGAUGAAAAUCGUCACGAAGCUUUAUCCAGCAAGUUAUGCUGAUGGAAGUUGGGACAAUACCGGGCUUUUGAUCGAUUGUUCUACAACGGAAACUUUAGUUGUCAAACCAAAAGCACUUUUGACCGUUGAUCUUACGUCUGCAGUGGCUCAAGAAGCCAUCGACAAGAAUUGCAAUGUGAUUCUAGCCUACCACCCUUUCAUUUUUCCUAGUUGGAAGAAACUGAGUCCCACGUCUAAUCCACAGCACGGUUCUGCCAUUAAAUUGAUUCAACAUGGAAUAAGUGUGUACUGUCCUCACACGGCUGUUGAUGCUGCGAAAAAGGGUGUCAACGACUGGCUUGUCGGAAGUUUAGGUUCUGGCCGUGGCAUUGUUGCCGCUGCACGGAGUAUUGAGUCCGUUGAACCGGUAGGCGACGACCAGAAAUCGGAGGUUGGAUACGGCCGCGUCGUGACUUUGAACAGAAGCCUGCCACUAUCUCAAAUUAUCACCAAUGUCAAGAGAACUUUGAACAUCGAUCAUUUGCAAGUUGCUUCCAAGUUUGACGACUUGAACUUGCACGAAAUUAAGAAAAUCGCACUCUGCGCAGGUAGCGGAUCUGGUGUGUUCCGGAACUUAAAAGAAGAAGUCGACCUGUACUACACUGGUGAACUGUCCCACCACGAGAUCCUAAAAUACAAAGAAAUGGGGAAGGCCGUCAUAGUGUGCAAUCAUUCUAACACUGAACGGCAAUUUCUCGUGGAUGUGAUGAGCAAGAAGUUAACUGAAUUUGGCAUUGACGUGGUAGUAAGCGAAAACGACUGCGAUCCACUGCGCGUUGUUUGA